UGGGACCACAGCAGGUCUGUCCCUGUGGUAAACUGGUCUGACUGGAUCUCUCUCUGGUCUCUGCCGACAGAUGCAAGCUUGAAGCCGCCACGCUGGCGUCGACUAAGGUGACGGCGGUGGCCUGGGCGGCCCCGCCCCUCGACCACAUGACCCUGGACAUGGACGCCGUGCUGUCGGACUUCGUUCGCUCCACCGGGGCCGAGCCGGGUCUGGCACGAGACCUGCUGGAAGGUCAGAACUGGGACCUGACCGCGGCUCUCAGUGACUAUGAGCAGCUCCGUCAGGUUCACACCAACCUGCCUCACGUCUUCAAUGAAGGCCGUUACUACCGGCAACCGCCGCUCAGCCCUCCGCCCCCUCCCCCGCCCGCCACCGCCGCCGCAGCCGCCAUCACCGCCACCGCCAUCACCGCCAAUACCACCGCCAACACCACCGCCACCAAACCAGACCGGCCCCCCGCCAACAAACAGGAAGACAGCACACAAGAGAAGCGUCUGUCCCGGGGCAUCUCCCACGCCAGCUCGGCCAUCGUGUCGCUGGCUCGCUCCCACGUGGCGAGCGAGUGCAGCAGCAGCAGCAGCAGCGACCAGCUCCCCGUGGAGAUGCCCAUCUACACCUUCCAGCUGCCCGACCUCAGCGUCUACAGCGAGGACUUCAGGAGCUUCAUCGAGCGCGACCUGAUCGAGCAGUCCACCAUGCUGGCUCUGGAGCAGGCCGGUCGUCUGAACUGGUGGUCCACCAUGUGCUCCAGCUGUAAGAAGCUCCUCCCCCUCGCCACAACUGGAGACGGCAACUGUCUGCUGCACGCCGCCUCGCUGGGCAUGUGGGGUUUCCAUGACAGAGACCUGGUGCUGAGGAAGUCUCUGUACGGCAUGAUGAAGAGUGGGGCGGAGCGCGAGGCGCUGAAGAGGAGGUGGCGGUGGCAGCAGACCCAGCAGAACAAGGAGUCGGGGCUGGUGUACACAGAGGAGGAGUGGGAGAGAGAGUGGAACGAGCUGCUGAAGCUGGCGUCCAGCGAGCCGAGGACACACAGCAGCAAGACCAGCAGCACGGGCGGAGGGGUGGAUAACUCUGAGGACCCUGUGUACGAGAGUCUGGAGGAGUUCCACGUCUUCGUUCUGGCUCACGUUCUGAGGCGGCCCAUCGUGGUUGUGGCCGACACCAUGCUGAGAGACUCAGGGGGCGAGGCCUUUGCUCCCAUCCCGUUCGGAGGCCUGUACCUCCCCCUGGAGGUUCCUCCCAGCCGCUGUCACUGCUCCCCUCUGGUUCUGGCGUAUGACCAGGCUCACUUCUCCGCCCUCGUCUCCAUGGAGCAGAAGGACCAGAGCAGAGAGCAAGCUGUCAUCCCGCUCACAGACUCUGAACACCGGCUGCUGUCACUGCAUUUCGCCACCGAUCCUGGAAAAGACUGGGACUGGAGCCGAGACGACAACGACAACGGCAAGCUGGCCGGCUUAAUCCUGUCUCUGGAAGCCAAGCUCAACCUCCUGCACAGCUACAUGAAUGUAACGUGGAUCCGCAUACCCUCAGAAACAAGGGCUCCUCUGGCCAUGCCGGAGUCUCCGACAGCCUCGGCAGGAGAGGACGUCCAGUCUCUGGCCGACUCCAUGGACUCUGACCGCGAAUCCGUCUGCAGCAACUCCAAUGUCAACAACGGCAAGACUGCGGCCUCCGCCGCCGCCGCCGCCUCCUCCUGCAAGGACAAAACCCAGGAGAAGGAGAAAGCGGAGAGGCAGCAGCAGCGGAAAGACAAAGACAAGACGAGGACGGACUCUGUGGCCAACAAGCUGGGCAGCUUCAGCAAGACGCUCGGCAUCAAGCUGAAGAAGAACAUGGGCGGCCUGGGGGGGCUCGUGCACGGGAAGAUCAACCGCUCCAACUCGGGCGGGAACGGGCGGAGCGUGGAGAACGGAGAGAACAAGACCAAGAGCAAGAAGGAGGGCAAGUCACGAAAAGACGGAGCCGGAGGAGGGAAGGAGGAGUCGGGCCAGUCGGCGAGCACCUCCUCCUCCUCCGAGAAAACCACCAGCCCCUCGCCCACGGAGAGGCUGCCAGCCAUGCCGUCUCCCCUGCUGGAGCGGGACCGCGGCAGCCUGCUGGCCCGGCUGGUGGGCGACAAGGCGCUGAGCGAGCACUGGAAGUACAGCACCGACGUCAAGCUGAGCCUCAACAUCCUGAGAGCCGCCAUGCAGGGCGAGCGCAAGUUCAUCUUCGCCGGGCUGCUGCUGACGAGCCACCGCCACCAGUUCCACGAGGAGAUGAUCAGCUUCUACCUGAGCAACGCCCAGGAGCGCUUCAGCCAAGAGCAGGAGCAGAAGAGGAAGGAGGCGGAGAAGAAGCCAACACAAGCGGCGGCGGCGGCUACGACCGCAAACGGUCCAGCAACUACAAUGACGGUGUCGUCGGCAAAGAAGUCCGACCCAGAGAGCGCUUCAGGCAGGGAGAGGGAGAGAGAGCGAGAGAGGGAGAGAGAGCGAGAGAGGUUGACGGACAGGGCGGCCACUCCCACCCCUCCCCCCGUCGCCCCGCCUCCUGUCUCCUCCCUGCUGCCAGAAGGCUCCUCACCUGCCAAGCAGCACCACCAAAGCCAUACCGCCCCGCCACACCUGGCGCUGAAGAUGCAGGGCCGCCACAGCCCGUCUCCUCACAGCUCCCCCUGCAGCAGGAGGACCCUCCUUGGCUCCGCCCAGCCCUCGGCGCCCAUACCGGUGUCGGCCCACUACAGCCACACCCCCCCCGUCCAGCGCUCCAGCGUCAUCCACCUGCGGGAGGUCAGCGUAGGCUCGCCGCCGGCCUCCCUCCACGAGGAGCCCUACCGGCCCGUGGUGGGCACGCUGAAGACCUGUGCCACCUACCCGCAGCAGAACCGCUCGCUGUCCUCGCAGAGCUACUCCCCCGCCCGCAUGUCCGGCGUCCGCACCGCCGGGAGCAGCGCCGCCGCCGAGCCAUACAGCAUGCCGGGAGAACACAAGUCCCACACCUACACCAACGGCUUCAACGCCAGCGACAUCCGAGACUGCCUGGAGUUUGCCGAUGCCGACUCGCCUCCCACCUGGGGCGGUGGCAUCAGCGGCGGCGCGGCAGCAGACAAAACCAAAGGGAGGGGGGGGAUGCACUGCCUCCAGCAGCGGAGGUGCAGGAGGGAAAACUGCUCCUUCUAUGGCCGACCCGAGACGGAGAACUACUGCUCCUACUGCUACAAGGAGGAGCUGAAACGCAGGGAGAGGGAGGGCAAGCUGCACAGGCCGGCGUAGCGCCCGGCCCGGGCCGCUCUGCCCUCCUGACAGGAAGACAAACAGGACGACCGAGUAGCAAACAGGAAGUGCACGUGGUGCGGGGACAGGA